CCUGCGCUGCGUCACCGGCGCGGGCUGCGCGGCGCGACGCGGGAGGCGGCGGAGGCGGCGGGACGCGGGCGGAGCGCAGGCGGCCCGACUCGCUUGAAGUUCUCGGGGGUCCCGGCCGGGCGCGCGCGCAUGCCCGCUGCGCGGGGUUCCAGGCGCUGCGGGAAAGGGAUAAUGCUGUCAGCAUGUCUGCGCACUCCAUGCUUUGUGAACGAAUUGCCAUAGCCAAGGAACUGAUCAAGAGAGCAGAAUCACUUUCUAUAUCAAGAAAAGGCGGUGUUGAAGGUGGUGCCAAGCUGUGCAGCAAAUUGAAGGCUGAAUUGAAAUUUUUACAGAAAGUAGAAGCUGGGAAAGUAGCUAUUAAGGAAUCCCAUUUACAGAGCACUAAUUUAACACACCUGAGAGCCAUAGUGGAAUCCGCAGAAAACCUGGAGGAAGUUGUUAGCGUUCUUCAUGUGUUUGGUUACACAGAUACGUUGGGAGAAAAGCAGACCCUUGUGGUGGACGUUGUUGCAAAUGGUGGUCAUACUUGGGUGAAAGCCAUUGGCCGAAAGGCUGAAGCUUUGCAUAAUAUUUGGCUGGGCCGGGGACAGUAUGGUGACAAAAGCAUCAUUGAGCAAGCUGAAGACUUCGUUCAGGCCAGCCACCAGCAGCCAGUGCAGUAUAGCAACCCUCACAUCAUCUUUGCAUUUUACAACGGUGUCUCCAGCCCCAUGGCAGAGAAGCUGAAAGAAAUGGGCAUAUCUGUGAGAGGUGACAUAGUGGCGGUUAACUCUCUGUUAAAUCACCCCGAAGAUCUCCCACUGAGUGAGAGCGAAUCAGAUGAAGAGGGCUCUGAACGUUUCCAGGUGACCAGAGUAGACCGGGAAAAUAUACUGGCAAGUGUUGCGUUUCCAACAGAGAUUAAGGUUGAUGUGUGCAAAAGAGUAAAUCUGGACAUUACUACUUUGAUCACAUAUGUGUCUGCCCUCAGCUAUGGAGGUUGCCACUUUAUCUUUAAAGAAAAAGUACUAACAGAACAAGCAGAGCAAGAGAGGAAAGAGCAGGUUCUACCACAGCUGGAGGCAUUUAUGAAGGACAAGGAACUGUUUGCUUGUGAAUCUGCUGUCAAGGAUUUUCAGUCUAUUCUAGAUGCCUUAGGAGGACCUGGGGAGAGAGAGAGGGCCACUCUGCUAAUUAAGCGAAUUACUGUGGUGCCAGACCAGCCUUCUGAACGUGCCUUGCGACUAGUGGCCAGUUCAAAAAUCAAUAGUCGUUCAUUAACGAUUUUUGGGACAGGAGACACCCUAAAAGCCAUCACAAUGACUGCCAAUAGUGGUUUUGUCAGAGCUGCCAACAACCAGGGUGUUAAAUUUAGUGUGUUUAUCCAUCAGCCCAGAGCACUUACUGAGAGCAAAGAACCUCUAGCCACUCCCUUACCAAGAGAUUACAGAACUGACACUGAAUAUUGUGAGAUCCUUUAAAUAUUGUCACAAAUUAUUUAUACCAACAACGGGGUCUUCCCAUCUUAAUUGGAAAAACAAAAGGUCUUUAGUAAAAAGAAUAACUUAGAAUUCAAACCAGUAGAGUUAUUUGUUUCCCGUCUAUAAAGUAUAUAACUUCCUAAAGUAGAGAAAGCACAAGAGACAUCUUUAUUUAUAGUGAUUAAGAACAGAAAAACAUCUAUGCAAGGCUUUUAGCUAUAUCAGUGCUUUUAUUUGUUUGAUUCAGCAGGGCUACAAAUCUCCCUACUGGUAGUCAUGUUUCAUGAAAUAUGGCUACACUUCAUCUUGAAUUAAACAUCUGGAGAAAACCGAAGCUUGUUUUUUAUUAUAUUGAUUUAUCAAUUUAUAGUAGGUUCAGGCUGGGAGAUACUAGUGUAUAGUUAAUUUCAGGUUCUAAAGUUAUAGCCAUUAAAGAAAAGAAACUUACUGAUUGCUAUGUGUCAGAUGCAAUCUGUGGGUAUGUUUACAAAGAAUACAUUAAUAUGGAAUAAAGGAAAUCUUUGUUUUUCCUGCUUUU